CCGCUCCACAGUACGCUCUGGCCAUGCGCCCGCGGAGCCGCGAGAGGAGAGCAGGGGCAGUGCAGAGCACCAACGACAACAGCGCCCUCAGCAAAAGUUCUCUGGCUGCGCGCGGGUACGUGCACGACGCCUUUGCGGCGCUGCUAGUUCCGGGGACCGCACGCCGCGCGCCGCUUAUCCACCGGGGCUACUACGUCCGCGCACGCGCCGUGCGGCACUGCGUGCGCGCCUUUCUGGAGCGGGCGCGCGCGGCCGCUGGAGCUCCUCGCGCUCAGAUCCUUUCGCUGGGCGCGGGCUCAGACUCUCUUUAUUUUCGCCUCAAAACUGCAGGCCUCCUGGCCUGGGCUGCCGUCUGGGAGGUAGAUUUUCCGGACGUGGCGCGGCGCAAAGCAGAGAGGAUUCGAGAUACGCCGGAAUUGUGCGCGUUAACCGGUCCUUUCCAAUACGGGGAUCCCGCGUUGUCGCUGUGCUUUGAGAGCUUGGACUACCGCAUCCUGGGCUUGGACCUGCGGCAGCUCCAGCGAUUGGACCAGGCCCUCACCACCGUGGGCCUCGAUGCGGCCGCACCCACCCUGCUCCUGGCUGAGGCUGUGCUGACCUACCUCGAGCCGGAUGAUGCCGCGGCCCUCAUCGCCUGGGCUGCCCAGCGUUUUCCUAACGCCCUUUUCGUAGUCUACGAGCAAAUGAGGCCGCAUGACGCCUUCGGCCAGUUCAUGCAGCAACAUUUUCGGCAGCUAAAUUCUCCCCUGCAUGGCCUGGACCGCUUUCCCGACGUCGAGGCCCAGCAGCACCGCUUCCUGCAGGCUGGCUGGACUGCCUGCAGUGCCAUAGACAUGAAUGAAUUCUAUCGCUGCUUUCUCCCCUCAGAAGAACGCCGGCGCAUGGAACAUCUUGAACCUUUUGACGAGUUUGAGGAGUGGCAUCUGAAAUGCGCCCACUAUUUCAUUCUGGCUGCUUCUAGGGGAGACACUCUGUCCCAAACUUUGGUGUUUCCACCCUCUGAGGCGUUUCCUAGGGUAAAUCCUGCUUCCCCGUCAGGGAUCUUCCCUGCCAACGUAGUCACUAGUGACCACCAUGGUCCAGAUCUUAAGAGAUAUGGCCACGCGUCUGUCCUUUUGAGCCCAGGCUGUAUUCUCAGCACAGGUGGAUUUGGAGAACAGGAGGGGAGGCACUGCCGAGUGAGCAAGUUUCACUUGCUCUCAAGAUACUGUGACUCUGAAUGGAAAGGCAAACACAUACGCAGUUGGAGGACUGGAGCUCAGUGGGAUGGACGCCUUUAUCACACCAUGACAAGACUUUCAGAUACUCAGGUUCUGGCUCUGGGAGGCAGACUGUCCCCAGUAACUCCAGCCUUAGGGAUUCUCCAACUUCAUUUUGUUGAAAGUGAGGAUAAUAGCACCCAGGAUCUAAAUGUAACAGUAACAAAGGCUGGUGCAGACGAAGAUACCACUUUGUCAUGUUGGCGGCAUUCAACAACAGAAGUGUCCUAUGAAAAUCAGAAAUAUUUGUUUGUGUACGGGGGUCGAAGUGUAGUGGAACCUGUACUAAGUGACUGGUAUUUUCUACAUGUGGGGACAAUGGCUUGGGUCAGGAUCCCAGUAGAGGGGGAAACACCUGAAGGUCGGCAUUCCCACAGUGCUUGCAGCUGGCAAGGGGGAGCCCUUAUUGCUGGAGGUCUGGGUACUUCUGAGGAGCCAUUGAGCUCUGUACUCUUUCUGAAACCAAUCUCUUGUGGAUUCCUCUGGGAAUCAAUAGAUAUCCAGCCUCCCAUUACCCCAAGGUACUCCCACACAGCUCAUGUGCUCAAUGGAAAGCUACUACUGGUGGGAGGAGUCUGGAUUCAUUCCUCCUCAGUUCCUGGGGUUACUGUUGUCGAUUUGACUACAGGAUUCAGCACUGAGUAUCAGAUUGACACAGCGUUUGUGCCAUGGCCGUUAAUGUUACACAAUCAUACCAGCAUCCUCCUUCCUGAAGAGCAGCAGCUCCUUAUCCUUGGAGGCGGUGGGAACUGCUUUUCUUUUGGCACCUACUUCAACCCCCAUCCGGUAGCAUUAGACCUUUCUUCCUUAAGUGCUGGGCAGUAAGGUCUGUACUUUUGGUAUAUUCAGGACCCACUAAAGUAGACAAAGGUUUCCACAAAUAGGAUUUGAUUUUGGCUAUAGAUAUUACCACACCCUCAUGGCCCUGUUUUUUUCUCAGCACUGCUCUUCAAUGCAGAAAGUGAAAUUUUGUUAAAACAUAUAACAUUCAGAGAGGUGGUACAACAAUAAAACAAAGUAGGCCUACCUGAAGAGAAUGGUCAUAUAGUCCUAAAUGAGGAAUUGGGGCGAGGGGAUGAUUUGGAUCCCUGUAUCUUAAGUUUAUCCAUUUAUUGAGUAACGAUGACCUUUAGCCUAACACAAAUGAAAAAUUUCCCACUCCCAGGCUUUGUGAUUUGAGAUGGUACCUUGGAAAAAGUUUCACACAGAUCCUUGGUAAGAAUCCAAGGUUGAAUGUAGUUGAAUGGACAUGGUAUUGACCUCAUUCUUCAUGUAUGAAACCUGAAAUGAACCCAGCUGCAGUUUGAUGAAAGCAUUGUGCCAUAUAGUGCAGCAGAGAUCUCUGGGAUAGUUUUAAUACAACACAUAUGUAGGACAUCAUUGAAAAACAUGGUUUUGUUCUACUUUUGUCACUGGUUCCAUAUUUAUUUAGAUUUAUGAGUGCUAAUAAACCAAACAACUGAUGCUUCAACUCAUUUUGUAC